AGAGCGCAUGCCCAGUUAGCUGGUCGAUUUCGGUUAUUUCCUAAAAAUCUGGGGACUUGCAUUGUAGUUGUUACUGUGUGUAAAUAUUGAAAGAAAAUUAUGUUUUUGUGAACACAGUUAAGGUGACAUCUAAUGGACUCAAGAGAAGCAGAUUGGGAAGGUCUCGGAGACCCGAGUGAGAUUGAUCUGCUUGUUGACGACAGUCAGGAUAGUUGUAACAUCACCAACUCUCGAGUACAAACACCAUGUGAAGGCAGCAACUAUGGGGGAGAUGAAGAUUACAUGGCCAGUCUGGGCAUGUAUGAUGGUUACGACAGCUACAACGAGAGUGACAGUUCCGGGGAGGAUGAAGAAAACCAGCCCUACCAGUCUGGGCAGAAACAGCCAUUCAGUGAUAGCGGCUACAGGCAGGGUUUCCAGCAGACAGUGAGCAAACCCAGCCACUUUCGAUUCAUGAAUGGAAGAGAUGGCAUGGCAAAAUGUGAGAAGUGUGGGACAUUUGGUAUUAAACAUGCGUUCUACUCAAAGUCGAAGCGGUUCUGCAGUUUGUCGUGUUCUCGGAGUUUUGCAACCUCUCAGCGUGAAGGAUCAGAGAUUAAUGGAAAUGGUCCUACUGUGCUCCAAGCACAAAAGUCAGCCCCACCAAAGAAACCCCUGGCAAGUAAAGGACGACUGAUACCAAAGAAGAAUACGUCCAAGCAGCGUACUCCCAGUUCACCAAAAUCAUCUGAGCCAGCGAAAGGAUUUGACUGGGGUCCUUAUCUGCAGUACACAUCUUCUCAAGCCGCUCCCGUUAGUUGUUUCAGACAUGCUCCUAUGUCCGAGUGCUGGGAUCAGAUGAUGGUUGGGAUGAAGGUGGAAGUGCUCAAUCAGGAUAGUGAUCUUCCAAACCAGGUUUUCUGGAUUGCUACAGUUAUCAAAAUAGCAGGUUACAGGGCACUGGUGCGCUAUGAAGGUUUCGGCGCUGAUCCAAGUCACGACUUCUGGCUGAACCUGUGCGCACCUGAUGUUUACCCAGUUGGUUGGUGUGCCACUGUUGGAAAACCUUUGCUUCCUCCGAAAUCCAUUCAGCACAAAUACAUUGACUGGAAAGAUUUCCUUGUGAAAAGGUUAACAGGUUCCAGGACACUGCCAAAUGAUUUUUAUGAUAAGGUUCAAGAGAGUAUAAACAAUCAUAAAUUCCGGUGUGGAAUCAAGGUUGAAGUGGUUGACAAGAUGUGUGUUUCUGCCAUGAGAGUCGCGUGUGUUCGUGAGGUCAUCGGUGGGCGACUGAGGCUUACGUAUGUCGAUAGUCAGGAUGAAAACGAUGAGUUUUGGUGUGACAAGAAUUCCCCUCUCAUUCAUCCUGUUGGCUGGGCACAACAGACAGGACACAAGCUACAUGCUUCAAGUGAAUACAAAAGUAAAUGUCUGACGAAGGUUACUAUGCAGAAGUAUGACAAGGAUGAUGCUACCCCAGAUAUGUUUGUAAAGAUGCUUGAACCACCACAUGGAAUGAAAUUUCAAGUGGGAAUGAAACUGGAAGCCAUUGAUCCGUUAAAUCUCUCCACCAUUUGUGUAGCUACAGUUAUGAAAGUUUUAAGAAAUAAUUACAUAAUGAUUGGAAUAGAUGGUUCUCUUGCUCAAAAUGGAACUGACUGGUUUUGUUAUCAUGCGACGUCAGCUUGUAUCUUCCCUGUUGGAUUUUGUGAAAUAAAUGGUCUUCCUCUUUCUCCACCCAGGGGUUAUAAAGCUCCAUUUAAGUGGUUUGAUUAUCUCAAGCAAACAAAGGCUAUUGCAGCACCAGUUAAAUUAUUUGAUAAGGAAAUUCCUAAACAUGGUUUCAAGCCGGGAAUGAAGGUAGAAGCGGUGGACCUCAUGGAACCCAGGUUGAUCUGUGUGGGGACAGUGAUGAAGGUAGUUGGCCGACUCAUGAAGAUUCACUUUGACGGCUGGGAGAACGAAUACGACCAGUGGGUAGACGCCACGACCUCUGACCUCUACCCAGUCGGGUGGACAGAAAUCAUGAACUACAAUUUGGAGGGACCACGCAUUAAAUCUGAAGUUAUUCCAUCGUUUUCUCCUCCUAUCCAUAAGAAAAAGCGAGGUAAAACUCAGAUCUAUAAGGGACCAAGAAAAAACAAGACACAAAAGAAAUCAUCCAAGUUGUUGACGUCGGGGAAACCAUUCCCCACCCACUUCAAGUUCUUGUCGGAGUUGUCCAGUCUUCAGAAGAGUGCUGGUUCAGACAUCACCUGUCCUCCCCACAUGUCCCUGCCUCCCGAGGCUGUGGCUGCAACAUUAUCUCCCUUGAUAGACACGUCGCUGCCACCCGACUUAAAUAUGCAGGUUACAGACACUACAUAUCCAAGCUCUAAAACAGGAAUUAAAAAUGAAGACGUGCCCCCACUCCUGAGUCCGCACCAUGCAGCUGAGCCCCAGAACAGCAGCACGGUGGCGAUGCCCAACAUCACAGAUCUGCCAGGACACACCACCAUCCACGGAGGACCAGCAGGAGCCAUUUCCGGUACAAGUUGACAUUUUUCUUUCCUUGGUAUGUAACCAGUUUUGAUUCAGUACUCGGCCGCAUCAGUUUGAUCUCAUACCACGCUUCAGUCACCACAAGAAUACGACACUAACUUGUCAUGUGGUUGUGAUGUUAACAGAUGGAAUAUACUUCUCGCCUACAUGAGCCACUGUCAGAGAACUUCUUGACCAACUGCCAUAUGUGGUUGUAAAAAUAUUUAUCGUCAUGAUGGAAAUAUUCUAGUCAGACUAAUUCUGACUGAAGAUGGCUUUGAAGAUCAUUUGCAUUUGAAAAAUGCAUUACUAUACAGUCCCAUGAUUUGUUUUCACAUGUCUCAAAAAAAAAAGCAGAUGAAAGUGCAUUCAAGUGAAGAUGUAUUGUGAGAGACUUACUACGUUGUGUUUACAAACAGGAAAUCAACAGAUUGUAUGCGUCACAAGAAAUGUUAUGAUAUCCAUGUUGUGAAACAGAAAAGUACAUAAAUAUAUGGAUAAACUCGAGAAUGACAAAAGAGUGAUUUAUUUGUUAUUAUCAAUGAGAUGUUAUUUGGGAAUGACAAAGGAGGGUUUAUUAUGAAAUAAGGAAAUAGGGUAUUUUUGUUUUUAAAGGAAAAUGGAGAUAUUAUUUAUUGUUAAAGAUAAUUUUAAUGUGCGAUAUCAAUUGUUCAUUAUUUAAUACCACUGGAAGCACUAUUUGUUCUUAAAGAGGAUAUUAUUUCUGCUAAUCAGAACGGCUAGAUGUUGGUUUUAAAAGAAAAUAACAAAGGGAUGUUUUGUUGUGGGGCUUGGGUAGUAUUUUGUUUUUUGUGGGUGUGUGGUUAUUAUUAUUUAAACUAUUUGAGAACAGUUUCAUUUAGGACUUCUAAACAAGAACCUUUCGGUUUUAAAAGAACAAAUGACUGCUGUUACCCUCAUUGUCUUCUCUGGUUUUUUGUUUGGGGGGGGGGGG